AUGGUACAUGUAAUCAUUCAUGAUGAAGCAAUAUCAAAGGUUAGUAUGGAAUUUGAAACUGAAGAAGAAGCCUACAACUUCUAUAAUACUUAUGCAUAUAACGUAGGUUUUAGCAUUCGAAUGAGUAAAGGACUAAAAGACAAAGAUGGAAAAAUGAGAGAUAGAACUUUUUGUUGUUCUUGCGAAGGUUCUCGUGGAAAUGAUAAACGAAAUGUAAAUGUGAACUCCAUCGUGCAGAAACAAGGAAAAUAUCAAGUUCUUGAAUUUAUAGCAGAGCAUAAUCAUGUGACAUCAAGCCCUAUUAAGAGUCAUUUGCAUCGAUCCCAAAGGAGACUAAUUGUUGCCCAAGCUGCUGAAAUUGAAAUGGCUGAGGCAUCUGGGAUUGCUCCGAAAAGUAGUUUGGAAUUAAUGGCUAGAAGAGCUAGUGGACGUGAGAAUCUUGGAUUUAUUCUUGAUGAUUGUCUUAAUUAUAUACACACUAAAAGAACAAUCCAAAUGAGAGCAAGGGAUACAGAUGCAAAAAUGAUGGAAGCAUAUUCUAACUUUGGGGAUGUUGUUUGCUUUGAUACAACUUAUAGAAAAAAUCAUGAUUUAGCAAUGUUGGGGAAAAAACCAAGAACUAUUCUCACAGAUCAAAGUGCAGCAAUGCCUAAGGCAUUAGAAUUUCGAUGGCCUGAAACUUAUCACCGUCUUUGCAUUUGGCAUAUGUAUCAAAAUGCGGCAAAACACCUCAGUAGUGUUUUUCAGAAAUUUCUCCAAUUUGCACCAGAUUUUGGUGACUGUAUAUAUGAGUAUGAGGAAGAAGAUGAAUUCAUCAAUGCUAGGAACAAGAUGCUUGAAAGAUAUGAUCUCAAAGAUAAUGUUUGGUUGCAUCAACAAUUCAAAUUGAAGGAGAAACAGGCUUUGGUCUACGACAGAGACGUUUUUUGUGCAAAUAUGACCACUACUCAAUGA